ACAGGCAUGUAUGUUUUAUAGGUUAUGCAAAGUGAAAUGGAAUUUUUGAAAAUUAUGAUUUUAAUACAUGACUAACAGGAAAAUAUGAAGAAGUUUCGCAAGUUGCUUUCGAGUGUCAAAUUUUAAGUUAGAUUCUGUAGUUCUUAUUUUAUAUGAUUUAUAAAUUAUUAUGUGUUUAUUCAUCGCUGAUUACAACACUCUGUAUUUCCAAAAGGUGCUAUAGUAUGUAUAAAUUUUAGUCUAAAACUUUUAUGAUCCAUUAAUUUAAAGUAUUUAUCUCUUAUCUUCUAUGGAGUUUGAUUCGGUUUGCGUGAAAACACGCUUUCAGACAUUUCCCAAUAUUAGAGUUAUGUAUAAGAUCGAGGUAUGAUAUUUUCGAUGACACUGCUGUAUGAUAUAAAAGGGUUUUCAAUAAGAGCAAUGAAAUUCUUUAUUCCUAUGAAAGUACAUCCCAUGCAAUUAUGUAUGGAACUCGAUUUCUUUUGUAUCGCCACCAAGGGCACGGUUGCAUUAGUCCAGUCGCUGCACUUUUCGACGGUUUACAACCAUAAAUCGUCCGAUUCUGCUGCAAUAUCACGUUCGAUAUUCGUACGAAGUUCAUCAAUCGUCGCUAGCUUUUUGGCAUAGACCCUAUACUUGGUGUAGUUCCACAGGAAAUAGCCUAACGGCGGCAAAUCGCACGACUGAUGCGAAAAAUUGACUGGACCAUUUCGUGACGAAGCCAUUCAACCGGAAAUGAGACGAUCAUAAAUUGGACGUAGCGCUCUAAAAGUUGAGUCCACUAACUCCGAAUUUCGGUAGAAAAUUUUAAUAAUUUCCUUGUUGGAUCGUAUAUCUUUCCAUGAUGAAAUGGCAAACUUUCUUCUUGACUGGCAGAGACACCGCUUACGCGGUUAUAACCGAAUCCACAACAGCGCGCCACGCAUCUCUCCUUUUGGCAGUUUGGCGCCAAUUGAUAAUACCAAGUGAAAACAGGUCCUUCUCCACCUGGUCCUUCCAUGUUGUUGUUGUUGUUGUAGCGGCAUAAAACAUUCCCCAAAUAAUUUUGAGGAAUGCUGCCGAUUUGACAGUCCUUGGCCGGAUAAAAAUCCGGAUCCAUUCCGGUUACGUAGAACCGACUGUCGUGGGAACGGGUCCUUCCAUCGGAGUGUAGGCCUCUCUCUUCUUCGGACAACAUGACCUAGCCAGCGUAACCGCUGUCUUUUCAUGCGCUGGACUAUGUCUAUGUCGUCGAAUAACACACACAGCUCAUUAUUCUAUUUUCUUCGGUUUUCGCCGUUGCCAAUGUUUAAGGGGCCAUAAAAUGGCAAACCUUACUGAAGAGAAAUGUCAAAAGAGCGAAAAACUACGGUGUUGUUUGCCGUCCUUAUCGGUCUACUUUUGUAGCGUCCCUAUGGAAAAACCCUUUAGAUCCAAUUAUAAAUCCAACUGUGGUCGAGAUGAGAAAAAUCACCAAAUUAUAUUCAUGUAAAAGUAUAACUCUCAAAAUGACCGCGUCACCUCUGAAGUACUUUCUUUAUAUAGGCUUUAUACUACGAAGAUUGUCUAAAGUCUUGUGGACCUUGAGGACUUAUGCUUCAAUAAGGGACAGCCGAUUCCUGUUAGACAUCCAGUAGUGGAAGCAUUCCUCUCGGAGGUUGGUUUUGCAUGCCAUGAUUUGAUCGACAAUGAAUUGAAAAAGUUAGACUAUGUUCUUAAGAAUUCGAGUGUCAGUCUUAAAGAGUGAAAUUAUGUACAUCAAAACAUUAAAAUAACUAAAAGAAAAUUAAUAUGAAAACUGAGCACAACAGUUUUAAUGGCAAACUCAUUUGAAUCCAACUGAAUAAUUUUACCGUUAAACAAAAUUAUUUAUAUGUAACCAAAUAAUAUCCAGUACACUAUUUAUAUGUAAACACUCAUAUACGUAACCGAUUUUAGAAUUUAAUCUCUUUGAGGUUAUGCGCAAACUCCACUUCAGCGUUCAUUCGCCGUUAUGUGCCACCAACGGAACAUUUCAUUGACUAAAUAAAAGCGCCUAACAUUGAUGGACGCAUACACAGUAUUCAUUAAACAACCGCUCCGUACAGUUUGAACGACGUUAUAGUUAACGGUAAUCGGUAGUAGCAUUUUCGUUUUAUUUUCAAUAUGCUACUCUGGCGUUUGGGUUUAUUAUUAGUACUCAGCAUAAUUGUUGUUUCCACAAAUCAGUCUUGGCUAAAACCGGGCUGCCACAAAGUGGGUAACACACGCAUAAUAUCCAUACCCGAGUGUGUGGAGUUUCGUAUUACCACCAACGCCUGUCGGGGUUUCUGCGAAUCGUACGCUGUGCCAUCGAUACCGUUCAGUCAAGCGAUACCGGGUAUAUUCAAGCCGGUCAAACCGGUCGUGUCGGUCGGUCAAUGCUGUAACAUAAUGGCGGCGGAGGAAGUGCAAAAACGUGUACUUUGCAUGGGCGGCAUGCGUAAUAUAACGUUUAAAUCGGCCGUUUCUUGUUCCUGUUAUCAUUGUAAGAAGAAUUAGCGUGCUAUCGAAGAAAUUGAAGAUAUUUGGAGAAAUUUUCGUGACACACCUGUGCUGCGAAAGUUUAUUAUGUGAUCUUUAAUACUAUGCCUGAUGAAACAGUUUUUAAAAUGCUCUGAGUUGCGCCUCGUACAUACCUAUAAAAUAUAUUUUUCAAAUUUUGUCCAUUAUUAUUGUUGCAUCCAAAAUAUGUAGAAAAUAAAACAUUUAGAAAAGCAUGAGUUCUUUGACCGUUUGGUUAUUCGUCUUGAACUAUGCUACAAUUUUUUAUAAAUGCUGUGUCUUUAAAUCCGGAUUCUUUUUUAAUAUUAGCGAAAUAUUUUAUGACAUCAUAGCAACAACAACAUAUCGAGUGAUUGAACCGUUAGCUGAGAAAAGUGUUUCAACGUUUUUUUUUUUCAACGGGUAUUCCCGCCAUUAAUAGCAGGCCUUGGUCUCAAAUUACAGCUGAAAUGGAUUUUACUGAUGUAUUCUAAUCCGUUGGGCUUCCUUGAGGUCUUUUUAGCGACUAGUAAGCUUUAUUCGCAAGGUACCAGUGGAUCCAUAUGCCUCGAGAAUGAAUGUUUGCUAACCCGCUUAUGCUCUUAACUUACGAGUUCGCAGUGUGUCUGUUUUUGGGGUUUUCAAAGGAGAAGAACAUGAAAGUUCCCCAAUUAAGGCCGAAUGGCUGGUUAGCCGUUACCUCGUACGACGAAAGUCGGACUCAUGUCGGAGUUUAAUCUGAAGGAGUUAGGAUAGGAUAAAAAUAACUGGCCUUAGCGACAAUUUUCGGAAUGGAUCCCACUUGGACAGCGUUGUGAUGCCAAAAGACUCCUAGG